AUGUUGCGGCCCGCGACGCCCCUCGCGGUGCUGCUCUUUGCGGCAUUCGGGCUCCUCGUGUUGGCCACCAUAUCCACGCCAAUCAUCAAGCAAAUCCCAUUGAGUAGCUUCAACAUCAAAGGCUUCGGCGAUCUGAGCUUUGGUGUUUUUGGUUACUGCACCUCAAACGGCUGUAGUCCUAUAGAAAUCGGCUACGAUACUUCCGCCUUCGUUCAACAAAUCAAUGAGGACUACGACCUCCCCAUGGGAACCCGUUCUACACUUUCAAGUAUCUUGAUUGUGCACCCAGUCGCUGCCUUGAUCACCCUAAUCAACUUCGUCCUUGCUAUUGUGGCCCAUUUUCACUCGCCCUCUCACUCAGCCCGGUACCUCCUGAUCCUAUUCAUUGUCAGCAUCGUUGACUUUAUUGUCUGCCUGUUGGCCUUCCUCGUCGAUGUGUUGCUCUUCAUUCCACACUUGUCAUGGGGCUCUUACAUUGUCGUCGCCGCUACCAUCCUUGUAGCGUUUUGCGGCCUGGUAACAUGCGCCAUGCGCAGAACACUUGUCAACAGAAAGGCGAACAGGAAGCGCAUUGCAGAAAAUGCCGAGAUGAGCGGAGAAAAUUACUAUAACCGGCAGGCGCAAACUGCCCCCGUCACACAAGUCACCGGCCCACAACCAACCGUACCCAUGAUCAGUGGCGCGAACGUCGGAGGCGACAAGCUGCCCGAAUUCACUACUUUUGAGAAGAAGGACGAUCGCAGCGAGGAGAGAAUCCCACUUACGUCGGUUAGCCCCAUCGAUCGGUCACCAGCGACAUUAGUCAACGAUAGCACGCCACCCAGUCUUAUGGAUGGUGCGCCCUCUCGAUCACCGUCUAGUACGCCUGUUGGCCGAGAUCAGUACGGAAACCCACUACCGCCUCAAGAUGGAUAUGCCAUGAGGCCCGUACCUCAAAACGAGCGCAUGAACUCACGGGGUAGGGGUGGCAUGCCUCCCGGAGGCUACCGUGGACGUGGUGGCUUUGCCGGACCUGGGAGGGGAGGUGGACCUCCGCCAAAUGGACGAGGAGGCUAUGGCCUACCAGGGCGAGGAAGAGGAGGCUAUGGUCCACCGCCCCGUGGAUUCGGAGGCCCAGGACCACGGGGUGGCCGAGGCCCACCGCCUCAAGGAUAUCAAGGGGGGCCGGAUCGGAGACCAUCUCCCGGUGCCCCUUAUGGACCUGGCCCUGGUGCUAGCGCCUAUGGUCCGUCUGCGCCGGGAUACGGAAACAAUGAACAGCCAGAAGCUCAGUAUUCGGCAUACAAUCCGAGAAGGGCAUCGCUCCCAAGAGCUGAGUCUCCUCCCCCGCUCCCUGGCGUCGAUGACGGUAUGCCCGGUCCUGCGGUAGAGCUGGAUGCUUCUCCCACGGGUCCCGGCGUUGGACAGUACGGAAUCAGGGACAGUGACUCGGAUGUUGCUGGAAUGUUAGCUAUGCAGCAGGGAAGAGUUCCAGGCUCGGAUCGUGGCAAUAACGCGAAUGGCUAUAGCCAAGAAGGACCCAGCGAUGUUUACGUGCCACCCAGGCAAGCGUGGAACCAAGGACCUGGGAGAAACUCCCCGGGACUAGCGCCACCUGCGGCCCGCGGUGCAGCCCGUCCGAUUUCUGAAGCCGUCACAGCUUCAGUGGCCAGCGAUUAUUACGAAGACGUCGACCCGCGCUUUGCUGAACCUUCAGCUGCCGCAAAGCCAUCACCCGUUUCCAUGCAGAAGCAACCCCCGGGAAUCAACUCCCACGACGAUGUUCCCAACCGAGCUAGAAGCCCGGCUGAGUCCGAGCGUUCUAACUUCACCUCGAUCUCCCAGCGGGGCAUCAAUCCGCGUUGGAACCCUGCCAAUGCCGGGCCGAUGCCCCCUGCCGUAGCGGGCGGUUAUGGAGGAGGAGGAGGAGGAGGAGGAGGAGGAGGAGGACGUGGUUCCUCGUCGGCCGGUUAA